AGGGGAGGAGGCGGUGCGUGCCUCGCCUGCCAAAGGCAGGGCAGUUCGUCUGCGUGCGAUCCCCGGCGCCCCGCGCGCGGCCGCAGCGCUCAGUCAAGCCGCCGCCUCCGACACGCCGGGACCGGGGUGUCCCCUGCGACCCGAGCACCCGUUCUUCUGGAAACCCUCCGCCUUGGGUCGCCCCCUGCUCCCCCAAGUCAGGCCGCGGGUCUCUGAGGCUGUUAGGGACAGCGGCGAAGGGAAGGGCGGUCUUCUUUGGCGUGGAUGUUCCCGCCCGGGAACGACAGCAAGUUGUGUGCGCGCUCGGGACCCGGCAGAGAAGGUGGCCGCCGCCCGCCAGCCAUGGACCAUCAUCCUUACUACAGAGAAUGGGAAGUUGAUACCCAGUAAGACCGAAGAUCCAUUCUGUUAAUAGACACUCCCUCCUUGCAGAACUGUGGAUUACCUGUGGGUCUCUGGUGAUUUCUCACCUUCGCUCAGUCUUGUGGUCCCCAAACAUUUACUUUGGGUCCUCCCUGGCCUUUCUGGUGAAAUAUGGCAUCCAGCCUGACUUGUACUGGGGUGAUCUGGGCUUUGCUCUCCUUUCUUUGUGCUGCCACCUCCUGUGUGGGGUUCUUCAUGCCUUACUGGCUCUGGGGAUCACAGCUCGGCAAACCUGUGUCCUUCGGUACUUUCCGGAGGUGCUCAUAUCCUGUGCAUGAUGAGAGUCGACAGAUGAUGGUGAUGGUGGAGGAAUGUGGGCGCUAUGCCUCGUUCCAGGGCAUUCCCAGCGCAGAAUGGAGGAUCUGUACCAUAGUGACGGGCCUGGGUUGUGGCCUGCUCCUCUUGGUGGCGCUCACCGCCCUCAUGGGAUGCUGCGUGUCUGAGCUCAUCUCCAGGACAGUGGGAAGAGUGGCUGGAGGAAUUCAGUUUCUAGGGGGAUUGUUGAUUGGUGCUGGCUGUGCCCUCUAUCCCUUGGGCUGGGACAGUGAGGAAGUCCGGCAGACUUGUGGCUACAUUUCUGGCCAGUUUGACCUGGGUAAGUGUGAAAUCGGCUGGGCUUACUACUGCACGGGAGCGGGGGCUGCCACCGCCAUGCUGUUGUGCACGUGGCUGGCUUGCUUCUCAGGCAAGAAACAGAAGCACUACCCAUACUGAGAUGGAGCCACCACGAGCAGAGGAGAAGACAGGCCAAAGGGGCUUGAAGGGGCUGAAGCAUCCCGCUACUUACAAUGCUGAUGAAAUGGAACCCGAUGGAAUCAGGAAUAUUGUAUAGGAAGGAAGGGUGGUGGGAGAUUUGUAGAAGAAAUGGAGAAUGUGGAAUUAUGGAGGGGAAAAAAAAUGGACCAAAGGCUAAAAAUAUUGCAGGGCAUCGGGUGUUUCCACUCCACAAAGUAUUGUUAAUGUAUAAUGAACACACAUACACACAAAUCUAUAUAUGCAAACAAAGGUUUUGGUUCUGUUUUGUUUUGUAAAGGUGAGGGCCUGGAGAAUCAAAAGGGCUAGUAGAAACAGUAUUAAGUUGGGAAGCAGGGUACCCCAAAGACGUUCCCUGUAGGCCAUGGCACCCCUGAAAGCACACGAGCACAUGUAGACAUACCACGUUCACACACACGCCCACACACAAACCUGUAGCUUGUUGUACCGACUUACAGGAGGUCUAGUGGUGCAUUGCUCCUCUGUUUUCUGUUUAAUAUACAUUUAAGAUACAGUAUUAUCAUUUUAUAAAGCAUCCAUUAAUCAUAAUAAUGGACCAAUAAGCCACUCUAUCAGUAUUUUGUAUAUCCUGCAUCAACUCUUUACACCCUUGUUAUGUUCUCAGAGUUCAUGCAGACCUUAGAGUUAAGCCUUCAUAUUUCAAUAAUAUUCAGAAAUAUGCAAUUUUCUCUGAGUAGCUUCUGCUAUGAUGUUUUUAUGAAGAGACAACUUUCUGUUUGCUGUAGGAGAGAAUUCGGUUGAAGAUGUUGAAGAUAUGAAAGUAAUGAAAGACAUUUUUCAGUCAUUAGCUCUUGUUUUCUUUUGUCCAUUCUUGUACUGUGCUGUACCACAUUUACUUCAAUAUUCAUUUUGUAAAAAAUUAAAAAGUGCUAUUUUGUUUGUAUUUGAAAAGCGCUGUGAAUAAAUUCUCUCUUUGAUCAAUA